AUGGUGGCUGCCACACUGAUGCAAUUUGCACCAAUACAAACGGGGGGAGAACAUGCCACUGUAGGAGUGGGCAAUGGUAACUAUCUUUGCCUGGACACUGAUGAAUGUUCAGAAAUUCCAGGUGUGUGUGCUUCUUUUUUGGGUUUCAAGGGUUGCAGGAAUCUACCGGGAACCUAUCAAUGUCUUUGCAGCAAUGGCUACCAAAGCAAUGGGAAAAGCUGUGAAGACAUUAAUGAAUGUGCAGACAGUGUCUGUAGUAGAUUUGCUAACUGUGUAAACUCUCCUGGCUCUUAUCGAUGCACUUGUCAGGAAGGUUUCGCCGGGAAUGGUAUUACUUGCGUGGAUGUCAAUGAAUGCAGUGGGACAAAUCUCUGUGACCCAAAUGCACUGUGCAUCAAUGUGCUCAGCAGCUAUGAGUGCUCAUGUCGCUCUGGUUUCCUUGGAGAUGGGUUGCAUUGUACUGACAUUGACGAGUGUAAAGAAAAUAAUGUAUGCCCAGUUGGUGCAACCUGCAUCAACACUGCAGGCUCAUUCCAAUGUGACUGUGGUCAAGGCUAUAUUUUCAAUAGAACCCAGUGUCAAGAUCUGGAUGAAUGUGCUGUUGGCCGCUGUAGCCCCUACGCUUCAUGCACAAAUUUUCCUGGCUCAUUCACAUGUAUGUGUCUUCCUGGUUUUUCUGGUGAUGGUUUAUCAUGUAUUGAUGUGAAUGAGUGUGCUAUGUCCAACAAAUGUGCCUCCUAUGCUCUAUGCACUAACCUUCCUGGGAGUUACAAAUGCAGUUGCAUUUUGGGCUACACAGGUGAUGGCCUGACACUGUGCUCAGAUAUAGAUGAGUGUCAACUGGGUAAUGGUGGGUGCAGUGCCAAGGCCAGAUGUGUUAACAGCAUGGGAUCCUUUUCCUGUCUCUGUCCCUCAGGGUUUAACCUAGUCAAUGGCACCAUAUGUGAGGACAUUGAUGAAUGCCAGGUACUUGAAAAGCCAUGUAAGAUCUAUGAGAAAUGCUCCAAUAAAGAGGGUUCUUAUGAGUGCUCCUGCCAGACGGGGUUUACUCGUCCCAGUAAGAAUGCAGGAUGUUCUGAUAUUGAUGAGUGUCUAAUACAUCAGUCAUGCCAUCCCAAUGCUACCUGCAUCAACUCACUUGGUUCUUUUAUGUGCACCUGUAAAAAUGGGUUCAGAGGAAAUGGUACUUAUUGUGAGGAUGUGAAUGAAUGUGCAGCAGAGGGUGCGUGUCACCAAUAUGCUUUGUGCCAGAACAUCCCAGGUGACUUCUCCUGCCAAUGCCAAAAGGGCUUUGAAGGAAAUGGAUUCACCUGCUUGGACCUGGAUGAAUGUGAGCUAUCAAACACUACCUGUCCUGCUACCUCAGUGUGCAUUAAUUCUCCAGGAACGUAUGUGUGCUCUUGUUUGAACGGUACAGUGGUAUACAAUAACACCUGUGCUCCACCUAGCAUAUGGUGUAGCCCUCCUUGCCAUCCAUUUGGACUCUGCCACCCUUCACCUUUGGGAUUUCAGUGUGUAUGUGAUGUUGGGUUCAAAGGGAAUGGAUUCAUCUGUACAGACAUUGAUGAGUGUGAGCAGAAUGUGUGUCUCAGGAAUGAGACUGAGUGUGUAAACAGUCCAGGCUCAUACUCCUGCAUCUGCAAAAUGGGUUAUUCUCAAAAUGGAACGGAAUGCAUGGAUGUAGAUGAGUGUACUACUGGAAAGGCAGAGUGCAGUGAGUUUGCACGGUGCGUCAACACUGUUGGGAGUCACCUGUGCUUCUGUCUCAGUGGCUUCACUGGAAAUGGAAAAAGCUGCACUGAGAAUGUACUGUACCCUUUUGGACUGGAGGUUGGUGAUAUGAGGGUACCAAUUUCAACAGCAGAUGGACACUCUCCAUACAUUACUCUUCCUGUAGGGUUUUCAUUCAUGGGCAAAGUCUAUGAGAGAUUAUUUUUUUCAGAUAAUGGCCUGGUUCAGUUCCAGACAGUCGACACGAACGAGAAGCUCCUUCUUCCUAUUCCAUUCCCUAACGGAUUUACUGGCAAUGAAAGCAUGGCCAUGUUAGCUGUAUUCUGGGAUGACGCUGACCUCUCAUUAGGUGAUGGAAAACUAUACUACAAGGAAUUCUAUAAGUCAAACAUGACAGAUGUUUACUCUCAAAUAGUCUACAACCGGACAUGUGCAGAUGUGUCUCAGUUUGAGUUAAAAAGAGGGAAACCUGCAUUCACUCCCACAUGGAUUCUGAAAAUCACAUGGGACCAUGUACUACCCAUCUCUUACCAGAAAAUCAACAUGUCUGAGACAAACACAUUCCAAGCAAUCCUGACUACGGAUGGUAUUCGUUCAUUUGCCUUACUUCGCUACGGCGACAUGAACUGGGGUCCUGGACAGAGGAUUUACCACAAUGCUCUAAUAGGCUACACUGAUGGCAUCAGUACCUUCCACAAUGAGAUUCCCAACUCACCCAGCAAUCUGUUUGGCCCAGGUGGUCGUUAUCGACCACAGAGCAUUGUGGGCAACACAGGCCAGGUAGGCCAGCUUCUGUACAACCUGACUGGAGACACAGUGAUCAGCUCAGAUCCUCAGAAGCAGUGCCAGGUUUGGGCUUUGAGUGAGCCAGAUCCCAAAGAAUGGAUACUAGAGCUGGCACCAUGCCCUUGCACACGGACCCAAGCACUUGACAAUGUGGCAUUUGGUCCUGAGACACUGCCAGUGAAGAAUGGUACAUAUGUACAGAAUCUGUGGGGCCUCCGUUGGAGUGGAACUGCAAGUCAAGUGUUUCAGUCAAUACUCUUCAACAAGCAAAAUGCAGGAAGGAGGUGUGUGUAUGAUCCCCAAGGCUCUCUGCUGGCUGGCUACAGCGAACGAUAUUUUACCAAUGACAAGAUACAAGAGCACAUUGAUAAGGAUCUCAUGCCAUUCCAGUGGUGCUGUGUCCAGUCUUCCUUUUGCCAUCUUUAUCUGGCUAAGAGACCACUAGACCGGUGUCAGGGCUAUGGCUGGACACGUUCAGACCCAAACAUUCCAGAAAACACAGGAGCACCUGGCCUUGGUUUGGCAUACGGAAGCCUCCACUUUGUUACAUUCGAUGGAACUAACUACACCUUCAAAGCCAUAGGAGUGUUUGUAAUUGUGCGUCUGUCCUCCAGUAAAGGCUCCAAUGUCUUCACACUGCAGGGAGAGACUGGAGUGCUAGAGACUAAUGGGCAGCAAAGACAAGUGCCAGCUCUUGUGCGCUUAGCUGCAUACCACCAGGCCUUCGGCAAGGUGGAAUGGCGGAGUGCUGUGUCUGAAGAGAAGCUCAUUGUACUAAUCAAUGAUGUGGAGUUUCCUGUGUUUGCAGGUGUAGUGCAUUCUAUACAGCAAGGCUUUGCACUGCGCUGUCCCUCAGUGCAGUACUGUGCUACUAUAUAUGAAGGAGGACUGAAUGUGGCUGUGUGGAUGGGAGAUGCCAGGAGACUCUCUACUCUGGUGAAAGUCCCACAGAACUUUUACAAUCGCACCGUGGGCCUCCUGGGCCUCUGGAGCUCCAACACUUCCGAUGACUUCCUUCUCUCCAAUGGACACUUGCUGUCCUCACCUGACAACAACCCACCCCCUGAGAACAGGAUCCUGCUCUUCGGACAGUCAUGGGCUGUUCCUAUUCCAGAGAGUCUCCUAUUCUCCACUCCUCCUUUAACACCCUUUCAGCCUGUGAGCACUGAGCUAUUGAUGACAUCGGUUAGUCCAGACACACUGUCCGGACUUCAGAAGACAUGUGAGGGCAGCAUGCAAUGUGUGCAUGACAUCCUAGCCACAAAUAACACUGAUCUGGGUCUACAGAGCCUGCAGGACCAAAAGCAAAUCUACAAGCUUGCAGUUACCUUUGGUAACAUACCCCCCAUUUUGAGUGAGCCCACAGUGAUCCGCUGUAAGGUGAACACUACAGUAAGAGUGCAGUUUGUAGCACAGGAUGCUAACAGAGACUCCGUCAGCUUCUCCCUGCUCUAUCCACGACCGCCUUUGGCCUCCAUAGGAAAAGAUGAUGGACUUUUGGUGUGGACUCCAUUAAAUAUUCAACCAGUGCUGCUCACUGUGCAGGUGAGUGACCAUAUGUCCAGCUCUCUGCUUAUCCCCAUUCUGCAGCUCUGCAGCUGUCUAAAUGGAGGAACCUGCCAGUACCAGAGUGUAGCAGAGAACCACUUGCAGGGAAAAUUCCAGGUUGUAGGGUGUCUGUGCCCACCAGGUUUUGGUGGACGAUACUGUGGAAAUAAAACUGAUGUGUGUAAAGGUCAGCCUUGCUUCCCUGGAGUGGACUGCUAUAGUGAAGAAGGCAGUUUUAGCUGUGGAGAAUGUCCUUCCCCUACUGUCUCUAAUGGCAAAAGAGGUUACAAAUGUUUUGAGAAUGACUUCUGCCUUCCUCCUUUUCGUUUUCCUUGUCACGAGAUGGCAGACUGCUACAGCACUGGCUAUAACUACAUAUGCCGCUGUAAGCCUGGCUUUUCUGGUGAUGGGCAUAACUGCACAGAUAUAGAUGAGUGUCAGAACCCUGAAACCUGCCCGAAUGCAAAGUUUGAGUGUGUGAACACACUUGGCUCGGUGUCCUGCUCCUGCCGCUAUCAGAGCUCCCUGGAGUCCAAUGGCUGUGGUGAUUCUCCAAAUCCUACAGGGUGGAAUAUCUUUAAUGUCUCAGUCACCUGGAACAGUCAAAAGCCUGGGCAAGAGCAAGUUAAACAGCUGGAGCAAAUCCUUUCGAAGGGUUUCCAGAAUAAAUUCUAUGGCACCAAAAUAUUGCAGCCGAACUCAGGAUCAGAGGAUGGGAAUGAGCUCAGAAUUAAUGUGUCCAGUGACACUCCUCAUUGGUACAUCAUGGACUACCUGAGCCGAGUCGGUCACUACUAUGGCAUCAAAUCAGCUUAUGUAGGAGACCUAGAUGAGUGCCACGCCAACGAGACUCUGUGCACACAACCAGCUGUGUGUUACAACACUUAUGGAGGCUAUAGAUGUGUGUGUAAUGGCACUGACAUGAACAAGCUACAGUCUUGCAUUUUAGUCUCAGAAAGGGAUGGUCAAAAUCAAAGUGAGAAAACUUGGGGAGAUAAUAAGGCCCUGAUUCUUGGUUUGGUCCUGGGCAUCGGUAUCCCCCUCCUCCUCCUGCUGCUGCUGGCUGCUCUGGCCUGCUUCUGCUGCUGUCACAGGAAAACCGUGACUGGAGAAAUCCCUCACUUACUGCCAGAAUAUGUACACGAGCAUUUCAGCUCUCAUUUCAACUACAGCAACCCUGCCCUGCACUACAAAAGCCACUGCAGCCCACGUAUUCUUGACAACAUCACACCCAGAAACAAAAGUUACAACACAGUUUGUCCCAUUUCUGCCACCUGCACACAUGAAUGCAGCUGUAUGCAUGCAGAUGAAGAGAAGAUAAAUAUAUAAAAGAAAAUAUCUAUCAAAUAUUAAUGACUGCUUUUUUAACUGUGCACCUUGAUCAAAUGUAAACUAUAUUAAUUACACAUGCAGGCAUGUACUGAUGUACUGAAUGUUUAU